AUGACCCACAGACUGGCGAAGCCCAUGGGGCUGGUGGAGGGGCCCGGGGGCCUCGGCCAGGGCGGAGCCGCUGCCACGCUGGCGGAGGAGGGCCGUGACGCCGAGGGGAAGUACGAGGAGUACGGAUACAACGCUCACCUCAGCGACCGCAUCUCCCUGGACAGGAGCAUCCCCGACUACAGGCCUAAGAAGUGUCGGCAGCUGACGUACCCGGAGGACCUUCCUCAGAUCUCCGUGGUCUUCAUCUUCGUGAACGAGGCGCUGUCCGUGAUCCUGCGCUCGGUGCACAGCGUGGUCAACCACACGCCGGCUCACCUGCUCAAGGAAAUCAUCCUGGUGGACGACAACAGUGACAGCGUGGAGCUGAAGUUCAGCUUGGACCAGUACGUGAACAAGCGCUACCCGGGCCUGGUGAAGAUCGUGAGGAACAGCAAGCGCGAGGGCUUGAUCCGGGCCCGGAUACAGGGCUGGAACGUUGCCACGGCGCCCGUGGUCGGAUUCUUUGAUGCUCACGUCGAGUUCAACACCGGCUGGGCUGAUCCCAUCCUGACCCGGAUGAAGGAAGAUCACACCCGCAUCAUCCUUCCCGCCAUAGACAACAUCAAAUACAACACGUUCGAGGUGCAGCAGUACGCCAACGCCGCCCACGGCUACAACUGGGGCCUGUGGUGCAUGUACAUCAUCCCCCCGCAGGAGUGGCUGGACAAGGGCGACGAGACGGCCCCCAUCAGGUGA